ACAAAGUUUUGUGUGAAAGUUAGCACCUUAGUUGGACCAUCUAGUUUAUUUUGACCCGUUUACAAAUCAACCCAAGUUAACCUUGGCCCAGUCUGAUUACAAAAGCCCUAAUCUGCCCUAUAUUUUUAUUUCCCGUCCGGAGUAAGCUCAGCACACAUUGAGCGCUUGUAGCUGCCGGCACCAUCCCUGCCCUAAACACCAUCAUUUUGCAGGUCAUCUCACCUAGCCCGUAAAGGGAAAGAGACAUGAAGUUCAUCGCUGCAUACUUGUUGGCUGUGCUCGGAGGCAAAACCAGCCCUUCCGCCGGUGACAUCAAGAAAAUCCUUUCUUCUGUUGGUGCCGAGGCCGAUGAUAGUAAGCUUGAGCUGCUCUUGUCUCAAGUUGAGGGGAAAGAUAUCACUGAGUUGAUUGCAGCUGGAAGGGAGAAAUUAGCUUCCGUACCAAGCGGUGGUGGUGGUGGUGUGGCAGCUGUUGCUGCUGCACCUUCCAGUGGCGGUGGGGCUGCCCCAGCUGCUGAAGAGAAGAAAAAGGAAGAGAAGGUUGAAGAUGAAUCCGAAGAGGAGAUGGGCUUUGAUCUUUUUGGAGGAGAUGAUUAGAUUUGUUUUACUUCUAUAUGUUUGUUUGGAUAAUACUAUCAAGUUUUAGCACCCCUUCCUGUUGUUGACUCUAUAAUGAAGAAUAGCUGAAUCAUGAACCUGACAUCUCCAUCUUCAUUACCCUUUCAAGCCUAUUUUUGAAAACAAUUUUUAUUAGAGUUUCAAACCAUAUUGUGUAUUUGAGUUUCAGUGAUUCUGCUGGCAUUAUUUACCGAUUUAUUCUCUUGCCAUCAAUAAGAGCGGUGUAGGACUUGUUGUG